UUCGCGAGUGCUGUCAAGCAGGGUAUCAUUCCUCUCUAAGUUUCUCCCACCGUCUGACGUAUCUUAUUUCUGGGCAUGCUUCGCCAUCGCCCUAUCUCUUCUCGCCUCCUUCUCUCGCUUCCUCGCCUGGUUCAUACUCAACGGCGGAUCCAGGCUCAGUUUCUUUGCUGCCUCGAGACUGCUCCAGGUGACCUCGUCGAGGACGAACAGCCCCAGCAUACCGUUCCUCCACCUCCUGACUACCCAAUCCGCAGCGCCCUCCAGGAACUCCUCAUCGCCUUUUAUGAGCUUCCCCGUACGCCUGGCCACACCGCUCAGAAAUUCGUGGACAUCGUUCGUCGGCUCUUCGCAGAACUCGGCGUAGACCUUGCCGGUUGGGUCGAACCGAUUGAGAUGGAAGAGGAGAUAGUCGGCGACGGUGACCCACGAGAUGAGACCGUCUUUGACGCAGCCGGCGAGCGUGAGCUUGAGCAUGGCCUCAGCGUCCGGCACGUAGGGUAUGAACACUCCCGGCGUGUCCAGGACAAAGACACCCUCCGAAUUGUCAUCCCCGGCGAUGAUGCGCACUGGCGUGCCGAGCUUCCGCGUGACGCCCGGCUCGGACCCCGUCUUGGCGACCUUGGAGGCGCGGCCCAAUGUUGGCUUGCCCUGUGACCGCAGGCGGUUGAGGAGUGACGACUUGCCUGCGUUGGGCAUGCCGACCACCAGCGCUCGCAGGCCUGUGAUGCUGUCGUCAUCUUGCGCUACGCGCUUGAUUUCUUUCAGCAGUUCUUUGGUGCCAUUGUUUUCGUUGCCAGCGCCGUGGAACAAUAUGGAGGUGUUCCCUGCCCCAUGUCGCUUGUUGAAGCUGGUUAGGAUUCGGGCAAUCCUGUUUCCCUCGGCUUCCGGCACAAGGUCCUUGUGUGUGUAUACGAUGAUACGUGGGCGGGAGGGCCUGCCACUGCCACCAGCCACGAAGCCUUUGUCGCCGCCUCGGCCAAAGUUUGUGGAGUUACCAUACAUGAGGGAUGAUUCCAAAAGGGGGUUCCAGGAGGUCAAGGGGACCCGCAUGUCUCGGCAUUCGAUGACCAGUCCGACGUUGGAAAGCGUGCGGCGCAUACGCGACAGAGCGGCAUGAUGGUGACCGAGAAAGUAUGAGCGGACUAUUGAAGACGAUACUUCAAAGGUCUGCCGAGGUGUGAAAGGUGUUGCGGAUUUGAGGGAGGCGGAUGAGAAGGCGGCCUUGGCUGCGUUUGCUGCAGUUUCUGAUAAUGCCGAUGCCAUAUCUUAUGGACGUGCACCAAGUCCCUUGAUCGAGAAGGAUGCUUAGGUGCCCAAUGUCGUGCUCACCGAGGCAUGUUUCCACUCCCGACGGAGGAACUCGAGAGGCAGUCCUCGUCUAAACCCGACGCCGGUCAAGACUUGAAUAUCUGCUACCAGUGGUAGUCGUCCCAGAUCAAUCCAAUUUGUGAGCACGGUGACUGAAGGCAGGAUUGGCUAAUUGUCGAUGAGAAGUAGGGAAAUCAAGUGCGUUAAAUAAGGUGAGAGUAGUGUUGCCAAAGAAAGUUGAGCACGUUGUAUACAUAGAUACUACCAGUAACCCUGGAAGAUUUUACGGCAGUCACGACCGCUGCAGCCCGACCCUGAAGGCCGGGAGCAGGGGUACUUUGGUACUUCGGGCUGUCGAUACUACCUAGGCACUCAAGUACCUACAUAGUACCCGCCUUCUGAGAGCUCCUUUGCGCCGAGCCGACGUCAUCCCAAGAGCCUCAACGGACCUCCGCCUACGGAUACAGCGGCCGCAGAGGUGCCUAGGUAGCGAAAGCACACGUCCAAGCAUUGGUAGCUAGGUGCCCAGGUUCUUAGCUACCCCAAAGGCACUGCACACCCAACACCCCGCAUCCCCCGCGGGCCCCCCAAUUCCCAACAACAAGCUGUAGUUUACCACCGCGAAGCAGUCCCUUGAUAGCUUCACAAUGGCCACGAUCAGACCGGCUCGUUGCCUGAACUUCACAUUCUUGCGCCCACGAGCUGCUGGCGCAUGCCAGAGCACCCCCCGGCCACUCGGCGGUGCCUCUGUUCGUCACAAAUCCGGCCCGUAUGGAUACACACAAGCCAAAGCCCUCGUCUUCUCGAAGCCGGGCGAGCCCUCCGACGUGCUUCGACUACACAACCACUCAAUCUCGCCGCAGAUUCCCUCCCACUCAGUCCUCGUCCGCACCCUCGCCGCCCCCGUGAACCCAGCAGAUGUAAACACCAUCCAGGGCACCUACGGCGCCAAGCCAUCUUACGACACAUCCAUCGGCACAUCCGAGCCGUCCUCCAUCCCCGGGAACGAGGGCUGCCUCGAGGUGCUGUCAGUAGGCUCCGGCGUGACCGGCCUCCAGAAGGGCGACUGGUGCAUCCCGGCCUCAACGGGAUUCGGCACGUGGCGCACACACGCCCUCGUCGAGAACGCCGAGGCCUCGCUGCUCAAGGUCGACAAGAGCGGGCUCGACCCCAUCCAGGUGGCCACCGUGUCGGUGAACCCGUGCAGCGCAUACCGCAUGCUGCGGGACUACGUCGACCUCAUCGGACAGUCCGUCAAGACCUUCCAGACGGACCCCUCGGCAGCGGGCGGCGCGUGGUUCAUCCAGAACGGCGCCAACAGCGGCGUCGGUCGCGCCGCCAUCCAACUGGGCCGCCUUUGGGGCCUGCGCAGCAUCAAUGUCAUCCGCGAGCGCGAGGAUCAGACGGCCACCGAGCAGCUGCGCCGCGAGCUGCUGGACCUAGGCGCAACCGCCGUUGUCACCGAGGCCGAGUUCCUCGACAGGUCAUUCACGGCCCGCCUGCGAGACGAGUUCACCCGCGGCGGCAGGGACCCCGUCACGCUCGGCCUCAACUGCGUCGGCGGCAAGUCCGCCACCGCCAUGGCCAAGUGCCUCAGUGAGAGCGGCACCCUUGUCACCUAUGGCGCCAUGUCCAAGCAGCCAGUCAUGCUGCCCACCGGCCUGCUGAUAUUCAGGGAUCUCCGGUUCCAGGGCUUCUGGCUGAGCCGCUGGGCCAACGCCGACCGUGAGGGCAAGAAGCGCACGGUCAACGAGAUACUGGGACUCAUCAGGGACGGAAAGUUCAGGGACGCGCCUGUGCAGGAGGUCGAGUGGAACUGGCAGACCGAGGAGGCCACUCUCAGGGGGGCGGUCCAGGGCACUCUGCAGGGCUUUAGAGCCGGCAAGGGUGUGUUCGUGUUUGGUGACGCGUGACGCAUGACGCGUGACAGCACACAGCAUGGUCUUCAUGAUCUAGCGACUAAUAAAGGAGAUCUUUGCAAUGAAUGUCAUUGGGUUGGCGCCCGG